AUGUUUGCCACUCUUCCAAUUAUCUCCCUCGUCGUCGUCAUCGCCUCGGCUUCUUCAGCACCUUCGGACGAUGGAUGCAGCAUGGCAGACGUGUUCCGAGCCGCUGAGAAAUCUCUCAAUGGCGAGCAGAAGGAGAUUCUCAAAAAUGGAUUAAUGGAGCAGUGUUGGGAGCUGCUCAAGGAGGCACUCAACGACGAAGACCGAUACCAGAAGCUGAGAGAAGCCUAUGAGAAGGACGACGAGGGAAAGGAGGCCAUCAAGAUGGCCUAUCGACAAUUUGAGCACGGGCGAUCUGAAAUCAAUGAAAUGGUCUUCGAGACCAAGGACGCGUGCUUCGAAUUGUGGAACAUUCCAAUGUUCGACCUGCCGAUCGCAGAUGAAAAACCAUUGAUGGCAAUUCUUCAUAAGCUGAAUGUCACCGACUACCCUCUGGCUCAAUACAAAGUGGAUCAUGAUUGGGAUCUAUUCAAGAGGGAGGCGUUCUUCCAAAUGGUGAUCGAAGUACAGCCAAUGGAAUGCCGAAAUCGGCACUUCAGAACCAAAUGCGAACAAUUGUUUGGGAAGAGCACGAUUCGGGAAGUCGUCCGAAAUGAAUCACUUCAUGGAAUGGCGUCAACGGUGAAAUAUUUGUGUGAAGCCAAUGAGAAAUUGGAGUUGAAAUGGAAGAAGCAAAACGAGCAGAAAACCGGAGAAAAAUGGAGAGCGGAAAUCGGAAAAGCGUUCCGAUGGAUGACGAAGCCGCUGAGAUUUGGAGCCACGUGGCUGCUGGAAAAUGAAAAACUGUUUGAUCUCGCCUGGUUCACGGCGAGAUCCUACCAAUUCCUGUCGAAUGACUUCCGGGUCGUAUUACCCUGGUAUUAUGUCCCAGCGAUCAACAAAUUUAGAGAGAUCUGCUCAUCAGCAGAGCGGUACGUCCUGCGAUUGCACUCGUCGCAGAAGUUGUCAAGAAAAGACAAAUUCGAGAAAGUUCUCGAAAAACUUGAAAAUGGACAUCUGGCGGUGUUCGGGAUCAGCGAAAGCGAAGCGAUCAGAAUGGCGCACAUGUGCCGAAGGGUCGAGGAGGUCCGUCGGUGGAAUAUGUACCAGGACGAUGAGGAGACGGCUAGGAUCAACAAUGAUUUAAUGGAGAUCUUUGACGGGGUGUUUGGCGAUGAGGAAACGGUGUGGGCGGCAGAGACGGUUGAGAAAAGAAUAGCGGUGAUCGAUGAACUGGCUCAUUCGUCGAUCCGAAGGCCGAAGACGAUAGAGGCGAUGAAUCGGAUGCUCGACUACUGUAACAAGACAAUUGGGAGGACAAUUGUCUCAAACGGAAUUGAUCGGAAGGCUGCGCAAAGAUACUGGCACUUCGGCCAACUGAAUCCGAAGUGGGCGAGCGAAGGUCAAUGCGUUGCACCAGAUGUGCACCAACAGUUGGUGUACACCUUCGAUCAGACAAACAACAACAACGUGCAAGGAAUCGAGCCACUUUGUCAUCUGGCGAUCGAGGUGAAAUGUCGAACGAUGCACGGAAUGAUCAAAACAAUCGGAAGACGUCGCGAUUCGAAAGGCUUCUAUCAACAAAUGCUGAGGAAUAUAAACCACUACGACGAUUUCUACUGA